AUGUCGGCAAAGAAUGAGAGCAUCCCCAUCUCCACGGAGUCGUUUCAAGCUGCUCAUCUUGUGCAGAUCGACUUGAGCUACCUGCAACGAUGCAUCUCGUUCCUUAUACAGUCUUCAGAGGACCACAGCUCUUUCCUCCAUGUGCUGGAGCGAAAGGAAGAGUCGCUGUCAGGCCGCGCAGAUGUCUUAGAGACGGAGGUCAAGGAGCUCCAAGGUCUGCAGCAAAGGGACGAUGCCCGCAUCGCUGAGCUGGAGAAGACGGCAGUCACACACAGUCACUUGCUCAAUGACUUCGCCGUUGACCUCGAGGCCCUCAGGUCGGACACGACUCGCAGCCUCUCGGAGCUGAACGCGAAGCUCGAGGCGCAAGUAGAGAAGUUGGCAGAUGAGAUGACGAAAAUGAGGGAGGAGCAAGAGGAGUCCUUCAGCCUGCUGAGGAAAGAGACCUCCAGCAUGAAGAUCAAGAUGAAGGAGAUGGAGGAGGAGAACGAGCGGGAGAAGGAGGAGACAGCAAGACAGUUUGCUUCGAUGAAGGAGACGUUCGAUACUCAGCUCUCCAUCCUUGAGGAGCAGCUGCGGUUGACGUCCGAACGAGCUGAGAAGGCCGAGAAGAUGUCAGAGGAUGCAGCAGCUGGGGUCAAGCUGGCUCAGGAAGCGGCAGCGGCAGCGGCAGCGCAGGCAGCGGCAGUGGCACAGCAAAUAGAGGAGGCGAACAAGUUGAGCUACGUGCAUCAAAUAGAGCGAGAGAAGAUCAUCGAGAGGUUGGAUACCGCCAGCAGCCUCACGGAGGAGACGGCAGCCGGUCUCUCCUCCCAAGGGCACGAUGACUGGGCUGGGAACCUGCAGCAGGCGAUGGCGAGCAUGGUGUCGGCAUGGCAGGUGUCAGGAUGUUGUGACCCUCAUUUUUCAGCCUGUAAAGGUCAUCAUUGGCAGGUGUCAGAGCAGCGGCUGACGGCCUUGCAUGACAAGGUGGAAGGGAUCGACAUGAUGGUGAAAGUUCAGAACAUCGAGGGGAGGGAGCCGGGGGAGUAUGAGGAGAGCCGGGGGCAGCAGCCUGCGGAGAAGCAGGAGGAGAGGAUCGACCUAGAGAGUCAGGAGGAGACGAGGAGGAUAGAGCAGAGCAUGCCAGCUAAGACAGGAGCUGUGUUCCGGCAGAUCAUCGAAGCCCACGGGUCGCUGACGAAGAGGAAAGCAGACAAGGCAGAGUUCGACACCUUGUGCGGCAAGGUACAGGAGCUCGACCUGUUCGUGAAGCAGCUGAGGAGGAGUGAACGAGCGGGGUCGCAGAAAAUGCUGGCGGCACUCGGGGACCAGCAGAAGCUCCCGCAAGACGAUGACAUAUCCAGAAUCACCAACGAGCUGGAGAACACCUCCACGUCCUUAUCGAGACUCGUGCUGAGGGUACAGGAGCUUGAAGGGGCAGCGCUCACUGGAACAAUGCAAGUGCCUCUCAACUUUGAGUCAUGGAGUGAAUCGAACGUGCAGGAUGCGAAAGCAGGGCAGGAGGAGGUGAAGGCAGUGCGAGGGGAGCUCGACCAGAUUCGAAAGCAUCUCUUCGGUUUCGCUCUCUCAGGCACUUCCGUACAGCACGAGACGGCUAGCAAGCCCCUUGCAGACGCCUCCACCAGUACGAGAUGGCAGGAUGCGGCAGAGCAGACUGAGCCGGAGGAGAAGGAGGAGGAGGAGAAGCAAGAGGAGAAGGAGGCGCAGGCAAUGAGAGUCGCUCAGUUGGAGCACAAGAAGUGGACGAGGAGCGGGCUGAGAGUGGCCACCACCACCUCCUCCUCAUCGACUCAUCUGACCUCCGCACACGACGACCUCAAGCGCUACGAGAUGGAGAAAAGACCCAGGACUAGCGCGACAGAGCUCCGGCGAGCUCUUGUGGAGGCGGUGGCGACGCCUCGUCAUAGGCCGGAGGCAGGGCCGGGGCUUGUUGCUCCUGACAGCAGGAAGUCUUCGACCCCUAAGGUCGUCAAGUCUCCUGCCUUCGCCCUCAUCGCAGGUCUCAGGGAUGACGAGGAUGGCGCCUGGGCUCCUCUAGAAACGCUUCCUCCUCCUCUCUACCCCUUGCCUCAGCCCUACCCAGACUCUUCACCCAGCUCGUCGCCUGCCCGACGUGAAGGAUCGGAGGGAAGAAGCAUGAAGGAGAGCAGAGCUCGCUACCUCAAGUCACGAGAGUGA